GGAAAAAACAACAACACAGGUACAACUAACUUUGUGUUUCAUAAUCAAAUUGAAAUUGCUUGUUAAUUUGUGAUAAUUUCUUUUAAUUGGAGAAAUUUGAUACAGAUUUUGACAAGCAGGAGGAACAUAUUGUUUUCCAUAGGAAAGGAAACAGUUUAAAGAUUGUAUAAUUAUGUAUACUAAUUCAUCUACAAGUAGCCUUCUAACACUGCAAACACUGGGCUUAUAUAGCACAGAUAUCUAUCCAGCAUUUGUAUUUGGAACACUUACCUAUUUAAUUAUUAUGUUUUCCAAUUUGUUGGUGUUAACAGUCAUCGCUAUGAAUAAAAAACUACACAAGCCCAUGUUUAUCCUGCUGUUCAACUUGCCCAUUAGUGACAUAGUGGGUGCAACGGCUUUUUUUCCUCAUCUCAUUUUUAGCAUUGUGGCAGAGAACAGACUUAUUUCCCACCAUGCAUGUAUUUUUCAGGCUUUUCUGAUUCAUGUUUAUGGUACAGGAAAUUUGCUCAUCUUGAGUGCCAUGGCAUAUGACAGAUAUAUUGCUAUAUGUUUUCCACUGAGGUAUACAACCAUUAUGAAUUCACAUAAUUUAAUGAAAAUGAUUGUUAUAACAUGGUUCAUAAAUUUGUCAAUGAUGUUUACAUUGUUUAUUCUGCUUGUACGUUUCAAAACAUGCAGAACAAACAUUGUAGAUUUUUACUGUAACAAUCAGUCAUUAGUAAAAUUAAUCUGUGACAACACCAGUGUGAACGACUACUAUGGAUUAGGAACUAUAUUCCUGCUUAUGGGAGGCCCGUUGGCACUAAUUUUGUACACAUAUGCACAGAUCUUGCGUACAUGUGUCAUUACUAAUCAUACAGAUGCCCGGCAAAAAGCCAUUCAGACAUGUGCUACACAUUUAAUUGUUUUCUUAAGCUUACAAAUCAACACUGUCUUUGCAUUGAUUUCUCACCGCAUCGACAGCUCAUCCCCUGUUCUGAGAAGAGCAUUUGGUGUGUCUGUUCUAAUUUUUCCCCCUUUACUUGAUCCUAUUAUAUACGGACUGAAAACUAAAGAACUAAAGCAAUGCAUAGUAAUGUUUCUAAAACGAAAUGUGGGUUUAACAAUGUAGCCACUUUUCCGAUUGA